CCGGCGGCUGCUCCGAGCGUUCUUGGACCUUUCAACGACAGGUCAAGUAGCUAUAGGGCCUAUGACGCGGACCCGCCUUCGAUGACCCGCACUUUGUAUCAAGAAACAGGACAUCAUUCGUUGCUGUCCCACAGAACGGCCUUGUUCCUGAACUUGAUGAUCUGGAUAUCGCGAGGAGCGACGCUACACACUGGGCGACGUGAACUGACUGCAUACCAAAUGUCUACCGGAAGCACACGGCUACACCCACAAUUACACCCACAAUUACCCAGUCGUCACGUUAAACAUCUACCAUUAUCCUCCCGUUUUGGAAAGCCAUCAAAGCUCGGCUAGCGCUUGGGCCUGAGGACGGGAGUAUAAACCGGAACUGGGUUACUCUUGGGCACUGCUGAACCCUCGACUUGCCACCCUCUCCCAUGCCUGCACACUCCGACGCUGAUGUGCGGCGCCUCCGCCGUGUUCACCAGAAGUUUGGACCGUUGAUCAUUUCAACCAAUGUCCCUGUAUUGCCAGGUGUUCGCAGCGAUGAACCUAACAGCCCUAGCUCGUCGGUCGAACGAUCGAGCAUUGUCCCUCAGACGGCGAUCGCCGAAGGUCCCAUCGACGUUGUCUUUCCUUCGGUAGCGGUGCCCUGGCGCUUGCUUCAAAAGCUCGUCAACCAUGAAUCGGGCUCUGAGGGUAUUCCUGAGAUCGCUGCGCUCGUCACAGUUCUCCUCACUUCCAUCGAGUCCGUCCUCCAUAGCAUCUUCCACCGCGAGUUCCUGCUUCGACAAUGCAUUGUUCAUACUCAGAUUCGUGACACCAUUGUCCACUGCAGUUACGAGUUGCGUGACCAUGUAGCUGGCAUGGCUGCCGGCGAUAUUCCCUGCGUUAGGGAGAAUGCACAAGAGAUCAAACGUCUUAUUCGGGGCAUAGUGGGCCAUCUGUUGAUUCUCCAUCGGAAGGUCGAGGAAUUUCAUCGGGUGGACAUGAAGCCGCUACCAGCCUUACCGAUCGAAGAGGCGGAGGAGAGCAAUCCUCCCCACGCCGAAGCAAGCUCUACCGUUGCGCAUUCUCCUAUCGUGGACUCCCCCGUCUCAGACUCCCAAUCCCGGACUACAGAAGCCGACUCCACCCUGGGUACAACCGACAUCACCCCGGAGUCGUCGACCACCACUGUCUCGGCGGUGGUCUCUUCUGAGGCCAAGUCGCCGCUAGUAAAACCGCGUACUCGACGCCGGGACAAACUUCUUCAGCGCUUGCUACAACUCCGAGAGGACUUUCUCAAGUCGUUCCGUGUCGACUCAGAAGCCUUGGCAUCAUCUCUGGAGGAGCGGAAAGCUACUGCGCGGCAAUCGUUCAUCAAUGACCGAGUCGACCCAGGUGGCAAUGGGGAAACUGUCGACAUGCCGCUGCCCACGGGAGCUGCCGUAGCCAUAUGCUUCGACCAAAACGGUGAUGUUCGGGCCGCCUCACUGACGGCUUUGGUCCACAUCCUCACUUCGCAUCACGUGUUCACCAUGGACGAAGUCUCAGAGACGUUCUUUCUCGCCUUCCGUCUGUUCAGCUCGCCCCAGGCAGUUCUUGAGGCGGUUCAAGAGCGCUGGGACGAGCAGCCACCCCUGCCGCUGGACCAGCUGUCUCUUCCCCAGCAGCGUGUUUGGCUCCAGCAGAAGACCUACGUCGCCAACUGCAUCGCCCAACUCAUCCUCACCUGGCUGGAUGACUACUGGCGACCAAAGUAUGACAAACACAUGCUGCCCCAGCUCUCCGAGUUUGUCAAGGGGAAAUUCCCUGCUGCUGGCAUCCCGGCCCCCGUUCUGGGCCUUUUGCAGGAUGCGCUACACCGCGCAUCGCAGCCUGAUUACAACCCUCGUCGGCAACGCACCUUCGACACCGAGCGCGAUGGGCCGCCACCUCCCCCGCCGGAUUUCUUCUUGCUCGUCACACCGGACGACGAUUUCGGCGUCAGCCUGUCUUGCUUUGAUGCGCCCGGGGGCAGUGAACAGCUUGCUGUCGAGCUCACGCACAAAGCACAUGGUUUAUUCCGGGCCAUCGACAUCGAGCCCACAGUCUUCAAAUGGGUGAAGAACAGGCGUGAAGAACAGCUGCAACUCAUCGUAAUGGAGGAAACUAUCCUGGUUUGGGUUGCGAACAGCAUCUUGACCCUCGCGAACCGCACGGCCCGCGUUCAGCGUAUCGAGUUCUGGCUGGAUGUUGCUGCAGUCAAAUUGUUUUGGCUUGCGCAACUUCUCCACUGCAUCUGCGAUAUUCGGUGGCUUGGUUCUGUGGCCGGUGGAGCGAUUGAGCGUGACAAUUCUGGCAAGUUUUCGUCGCCGUCUCUCUCUUCCAUCCAAUCUUAUCUUGCGCAGAAUCUUUCUAUUAAGUCCAAAGAGCAGUACCGUCUUCUCAGCUCUAUGUACGACAAGAACUUUGCUGCAUAUCGCCGGGAACUAAGCAAGAGCACCGACUGCAAGCUUCCUGUCGUUCCCCUCAUAAGUACUGCGUUGCGCCAAGAUGUGAUCUCAGCUUAUGAGCUGUCGGACUUGACGAACGAAGCGGAGAAGGAGCUCAUCCAUUUUUCCGCCUUCAAGAUAUUGCGGCGUACUAUCCGCUCGAUGGAAGCAUCCAUGCUCCCAUACAAUAUCCAGCCCCUUCAGACGGUCCAAACAUUCAUCCAACAGCAAUUGGACGGGUACCGAAGUCACGAUGCGUUUUUGAAUACAUUCGAUGCAAUGAGUCUGCAACUCGAAGGACGCGCUCCAGCUCCAAUACAGAAAGGGCGGGCGUGGCUGCAGACCAUCAAGGGGUCUCCCGAGUCGGGGCAGUUUGCUCUGUUUGAGCUUCCCGAUCCGCGCACGGCUUCUCCACCGAGCUUCAUGCAGAAGUUUGCAGCGUUCCUCAAUCUUCGCCGAUCUGGUUGAACGACGCCCGUGUGUCGGUUCUGCUCCCCCACAUCCAUUUUAUGUUAUUCAUAUGUUUAUAAACCAACCAUGUAC